CGCAGGUUUGGGGCACAACGAUGUGAAAAAAAGACGUUUAAGGUGUUCGGAGUACCCAAAGGAGAGCCACGAGGAUGGUGAUGGGAGUGGAGGGGAAGCUGCUGAGGUCACCGGGAGUGUUCAGUAUGGAGAAGGGGAGACUGAGGAGAGACCUGAUUGUGGUCUUCAGCAUCCUCCGGAGAGGAAGCAGAGGGGCAGGUACUGAUCUCGUCACUCUUGUGACCAGUGACAGGAUCCAAGAAAACAUACGAAGCUGAAUCAGGGGAGAUUUAGGUUGGGUAUUAGGAAAAUGUUUUCACCCAGUGAGUGGUUGAGCACUCCCCAGGGGUGUGGUGAUGGCACCAAGACUAAUUGGGUUCAAGAGGUGUUUGGACACCGCUCUCAGGUGCAGGGUGGGAUUCCUGGGGUGUCCUGUGCAGGGCCAGGAGUUGGACUCAAUGAUCCUGGGGGUCCAUUCCAACUCAGCAUAUUCUGUGGCUCUGUAAGGCUGCUCAGGGGUGCCUAAGGCACUGUGGUCACUUCAGAGCCCUUUGUCUGCCUGGGGUGGUUGGGGCCAAUCCCCUGGGACAGGGUGAGCCGUGGGGUGCAGCCAUCACUCCAGCCCCUGUAAUUCCCUACCAGGUGUAGGACAGGUGUAAAGGCCGCUUAAACUUCAGCCUGAGACAUGGUACCUUCAUUAAUCAUUACAAAGAUGCGUGAGAAUAGGGAGAGGCCACACAGAACUAAACGGGUGUUUCUGAAGGAGCCACCGGCACAUGAGAACAAACGAUGAGAACCUCCUGCAGUGCCUUGAUAAAUUGUCUCUGCGAGUAACAUUUUCUUUUUAACACUGGUAUCAAGCCAUGCCUUGCAUCUUUCUCAGGGUGCAGCUUGGUAGAGAAUUCAUCAUUCAUGGCACACAGAACUGUACCUGAGGCCAAGGAGUGAAGCUCCUGCUCGGAGCACAGAACUGUAACUACUUCUGCAGUUCUUUGGCUGUGUGUUGUAUUGGCUCCCACAGAACAGCAUCUGGUCUAUGAUCUCUGGCAAGCUCUGUCAACUUCCUUGGAUAUUGGGCUGAGUAACUGGAGCUUCCUGUAUGUCACUGUCUCCCUCUACACAAUGACCAAAUCCUCUGCCAUUCUCUUCAUCCUGCUCUUUUCACUGCUCUUCAAGCUGGAGGAAAUGAGGGUGACGUUGCUGCUGGUGGUUCUGCUCAUCGCUGGGGGACUCUUCAUGUUCACCUACAAAUCCACACAGUUCAAUGCACAGGGGUUUGUGCUGGUGCUCUGUGCCUCUUUCCUGGGGGGCAUUCGCUGGACUCUCACACAGAUACUGAUGCAGAAGGCUGAACUGGGGCUCCAGAAUCCCAUUGAUAUCAUGUUUCACCUGCAGCCGCUCAUGUUCCUGGGGCUCUUCCCACUCUUUGCGGUGUUUGAGGGCCUGCCUUUGUCCAUAUCAGAGAAGCUCUUCCGUUUCCAUGAAGCAGGAAUGCUGUUCUCUCUGGUAGGGAAGCUGUUCUUGGGUGGAAUUCUUGCCUUUGGUCUAGGCUUUUCUGAGUUCCUCUUGGUUUCCAGAACAUCUAGCCUCACCCUUUCCAUUGCUGGCAUUUUUAAGGAGAUCUGCAUUUUAUUCCUCGCCACACAUUUACUGGGAGACCGCCUCAGUCUCUUGAACUGGCUGGGCUUUGCUGUCUGCCUGUUAGGAAUCUCCCUUCACGUUCUUCUCAAAGCCAUGAAUUCCAAAGGUGACAAAGCACUGGAGCCACACAAAGAGGCCAGCUCUGACCCUGACCUGGAGCUGCUGCUGCACCACCCUGAACAUGGCGAGGAAGAGGUUGUUGAAACCCCACAACAGCACUGACUGAACAUGAAGCACAAAGCCACCUGCUCUGUUCUUACCAAACCUGCCUGACAGCAAUCCAGGAGGAAGGUCCAAAAGUCUCUGUGACCACCCAAAGCAGAGCCAGGGCCUGGUGAGAGAAUUCUGCUAUUUUGCUACAGUGUGGAUCUGUAGAUGCUGCACAAGAAACAGGCAAUAUCCUUUCCACAGGAACUUGGAGGACAAGCCUUGGUUCAGUGGAUGUAGCACGGCGAGGUGAGACAGGGAAAACCUGUAAAAAUCCAUUCAGGGAUCCUGAAGGCUGUUUACUGAGAGUAGACCAUGAGCUGUAGAAUGGACAUGGACAUGGACUGCAGGCUGCGUGGUUCAGGGAUGAUUUUACUGCUGUUUAGGUUUUGACUUCAAAGGAGAAGGUAGAUCCACCUUUCCUGUUUUUUAAUGUUUCUGCAAAUUAGGAGCUCCCGUCCUGGUGGGGUCACAUGACUGAAUAAAUCCCUGGAGUUGUCCCAGUGAGAAGGACCCUUCGUGCCUGGGGACCUCCAUGUUCUGUGUACAUAGUAAGGACAGGAGUAAAUGCUGGUAUUUGGGACCAAUUGAAGAUGAUGAACAUUUCCAGAUGAUGUUGGUUGGAGGGAAGACGGGGGUGCAAGAGUACUUGUGGUGCUACAGGCCAAGAGGAGAAUGAGCAGCGUCACAGGAGAUCUAACUUGAGCAAUAAGCUUAUCAGAAAGUAUGUGGGGUUUUGAGA